AGUGUGAGCUGGGGCGCCUGGAGCUGGAGCAGUCCUCGCUGGGCAGCCUGAGGCAAACAUGGACCAGGAAACGCUGGGCAGUAUUGUCCUGUUGGCCAUCAUCACCCUCAUCAGCGUGGUCCAGAAUGUCUCCAAAUUGCAGAAGUGUCAUUCGGUGGUGGCUGCCCUGCGUCACUGCCAAAACUGUGUCGACGCCUACCCCACUUUCCUCGUGGUGCUCUGGAGUGCAGGGUUACUCUGCAGCCAAGUUCCUGCUGCCUUUGCUGGACUCAUGUACCUGUUUGUGAGGCAAAAAUACUUCGUGGGCUACCUGGGAGAGAGGACUCAGAGCACACCUGGCUACAUAUUUGGAAAACGCAUCAUCCUGUUCCUGUUCCUCAUGUCCGUUGCUGGUAUACUCAACUAUUACCUCAUCCUCCUUUUCGGAAGUGACUUUGAAAACUACAUAAAGACGAUAACCACCACCAUCUCCCCUCUGCUCCUCAUUCCCUAGCUCUCUGCUGACUAUGGGGCCAGUGCCCUCAUCUAAUCAAUACCCGAAGUCAUCAUAACUCAACCCCGUAAGAGACGCAGCUCCUCUUAGCUGCAAAGCUAAUGACCAGCUGGGCUUUCCAGCUGGAGUUAACCUUGCUUUUCCUGGAAGAAAAUAACUGUGUUUCAGCUCCAGCCCUUGAAAAUGGCACUGGCCCCAGAUUGGUUAUUCAGACCCAUUCGGAUCUUCCUCGACUCAUCCUGCUCUCUGAAGACAUCUUGUGAGCAGAUUUAUGUUUUCCUAAAAUAAAAUGCAGAGACAUGUC